AUGGAUUCAUCCUGGCAGACAGAGGGCCCGAACCCCAACAGCUCCAGGGCGAGGAAGCUCACCGCAGACGUACCUCUUUGCAGCGGCAAGUUUACCCAGAUCUCAGAGUUGCACGAUGGUUUGGCACUGGUCUGUUCAUCAAACUUGGUUUUCUGGUCCGGCCGGGCAGUGCUCUUCGGCGGACGCUCCACUGCACACUGGUCGAGCGGAGGCAGUGAUAUUCAAUGGGUUGGGCCUUGCUGCGCAGGAGGGGUCGCAGUCUUUCUAUCUGAUCGCAUUGUCUUACUGCGCAUAGCAGUUACCGAAGCAGGCGUGUCUGUAUCAAACAAAACGCUUCGCCACCUGACUGCAAGUGUAGAUGAAGUUGUGGCGUUGCCUCGCGGCGGUCUGGCCCUAGCCCUGCAGAAUCAGUCGGCCACUGGCUGCCAUGCAGACAUUCUGGUUUUCAGCGCCUUCGCCCUGUUAAAUGGGCUUGAAGCAUCUUGGCACCGUCAACUGUAUGGCGGGCCUUGCCUUGGCUUGGCUCUCUCUAGCUCUGGAUCUCUAGUCGUUCUCAUGUCAAACAACAUUCAUGUUUUUCCACACGCAGAGGAAGAGGCGCGGCCAGUAGUUACGUGGACAGCACCGUUACCUGGGCCGGGCGUUGAAGGCGCAACAACUGUCUUAAGCUUGCCAGAUGAUCUUAUAGCUAUUGGAUUCUCUUGCACUCGGAUAGAGCUUUUCAACGCUAGCAUCUUGGGCGCUCGGCAGCCAGAGGCGGCCUUGCAGAUAACACGCCUUGGUGCAGAGUGCUCUGUGCAGACCAUGAUUCCUUGGGGCUUGCAUGGCCUUGGCGUGCAAGCUUCGGCUGGAAUUAGUGGCAGCAGUGGCAUUUUCGAUGGCCUUUUCCUUUUCAAUUACUCCGCGAUCAUGACCAGCACGCCGAUCGAAUGGCAAACGCUCAAUGUGACCCGCGAGUUAGCUGACAGCAAUCCCUUCGAUCAUCAUUUAGUGGCUGGUGGGAUAGCUUUGUAUGACUCGACCACGAAGAGGGCAGUCUUCUUUGCCAAUGCUACACCUCAGGGCGACUGGACAGCAACUCCUCUGUUAUCCGAGGAUGCAAAUCCUUUGUUCAGCGGCAUUGGAGCAGUUUCUGAGACAAUUCUGGCAGGUGUGCCAUCGUCAAGCAACUGGGACAGCAUAUCAUUUUGGAAUCUGAGUCUCCAGAGGCCAAGUGGCAGCCCGGGGAUCGUCGAGCCGCUCAAAGCAUUUUGCACGCUUCCGGGGCCAGACUGCGCUUUGGCACCGAUAAUAGGCCGUACUCGAGAAGGAGACCUCGUCUUGCAAUGCGGGAGCAAUGCAUCCAUGAGGUUGCUCCCCGCCGAUGCAAUAAACACUUGCCGCUCAUCCGUCUCUUAUGUUGACGUUCGAUAUUUUGGCACCGACGAUAUGUACCCUUCCUACGUGCAGGCUGUUCCGUGCUGCCGGGGUGGUAUUGCAGGUGUACUGAAAUUCUGUGGAUCAGGAAGCGUGGACCCCUGCAUGUCCAACGUAUCUUUGUUCAAUGCUUCGGUUGUCGCACUCGGUGGCCUCCCUUUUGGUGAGUUUCAGGAAGAGAAUUACAACAAGGUGAUGUCCCUUCUUCCUUUGGCAGACGGAGGUUUGGCCGUUGGUACCCAGUCUGGAGCAAUCUUUGUAUAUCAGGGAGUGGAUCUCGCUCCUGGUGGCAGUUUCCAGCCAUCUGCCAGAUUUGCAGGCGCCAAUUGGGCAGGAAGCUCAAUUCUAAGUGCCUGGGCGAAAGAUCCAUCGAGCCGACUACCAGACGUUUUCAUUGCAAGCCCCAUAGUGUACGAGCCACAGAAGUGUCCCGACAUGACCUAUGGCAGAGGCGGAGAGUGCAAGCCAUGCCCGCACACACUUUUAUCUCUGCAGGGUUCAGGGAGGUGCGGAUUUCGUUCUGGAGGGCGUGUGCUGCUGGUUCUCUUCCUCAGCUCCUUUCUCUGUUGCGGAGCGCUUUCCAUCGGCUUUUUCUUGGAGCCCAAGCUGCUCUCCAAGAAGCAGAUCGUUGCAUGGUGUUGGGGUGUGGCCUUUGUCUUCGUGCUCUGCCCGGUUCUAAAAUCAUGUCUUUUUGGUGGAGAGAGGGGACCUGCAUGGCUCUCAGCGGUUCUUGUGGCUGUGGUGCUCGGAGCUUUCGCGGCGGAGCACUGGACACGACGCCAGCGCCAAGGAAGUGCGAAGGAGAUCCCAGCCACGUCAGGUCUUUUGGUCUUGCUGAUUCUCCUAUCCACGGCCACAGGCUUCUUCCUUCUCUUCGAGCGAGCAGAGCACCGGGAUCUGAUGCAUCCUGCCCAGACCCUGCUUGGGCCUGAUUCUGGGGAGGGUGCCUUUUUCUGUGGCUUCUUGCUGGUCAGCCAGGCCAUCGCACUGACGGGUAUAGCUGUGGGCCAGCGGCGUGCGCAGAAGCUUCUCACGGAAGGCCACGCUCCAGCCGGGAGCUUGCUGUAUUCCGCACGUCCCACCGAAGGGAGCCGUCGCUGCAGCUGCUUGCGAGAACGGUGUGCAGGUUGGCCUCAGAGGCUGCUGCAGUUUUUCAAGAGUUGGAUGGGCCGCCACUUGGUGAUGUUGCUGAAUGCCAGUGUUAGCACCGCGACCUGCUCCUACCAGUACAUGCGGGACGUGUCUAGCCCAAGGCACUGCAUGCUGGCGGUGGUUGCCUUCUCUGGAUUGCUCUCAAUCUCCACGGGUCUCCUGGCUAUCACAUCCGAGUACUUCCAAUGGAAGGUGAGGAUUGACCGACACUUCCGUUGGAGCGUUCUUUGGAAGGUGAGCAUGACGGCAGGCAAAGUUUUGCUGCUGGCCAUGCCAAAGGCCGGCUCCUCCGUCGACGUGCAGUCCACGCUAAGCUGUGGCCCGAACGUCUUGUGCCCUGCAACGUGUCUCGAGGGAGGUGGUUACUGCGCCAAGUUCGAUUUGAUGACUGGCUCCUUGUGCAAGUGCGUCAAGGCGGAGGUGAGCUGGAUCAUUUACAUCCUAACGGCCGUCACGAGCUCCCUUCUUUGCUUGCUGACUUUAGCCGACUUGGCGGCGUUUUGGUCCACGCGUCUGAUACCGUGGCGGGAGUCUGGGGUGCUGCGUUUGCGUGGCUCGGCCGCGCUCGUGGGCGCUGCCGGAGUGAACCUGGCGAGUUUCUCUUUUGCGUUGCUGGUAGCUUUCGCGCCGACAAAGUGCUACCUGCUCGACUUGACGACGGCCAUGUUUCUUGUGGUCCCCUUGAUUCCGCUGACCCUGGUUGCCAACGAGGCCAGGUGGAUCAUCGCCACGUGGAAGGGCGACUGUGAAAGCUUCUCGCUGAUCUGGUCCACCUCCGGCCUGCGUGUUCUUGGUGUGCUAACUUGCUUGGCAGCCUCCUUGUCCGCAGCGCACAUGGCAUGGCGCCCAAUGGCUGAGCUCAACGCAGCAUGCCGUCUGGUGCAUAUUGCUCUUAUGACUAUCUGCAUCCUGGCUGCUCCUUGUGCGAUGUUUUGCAGCGCCAUCCGUGCAAAGAGCUUGUGUCGCAGCGAGGGCGAGGAUGCGAACGAAGAGACCUCUGUGGGAGUCGAGAUUACUGACAGCUUCCGCACUGCACAGCAACAGUAG